AUGCAUGAGGCCGACGCGCUUUUGGUGUGGGGCCCCGGAUGCCGCCCCUGUGUGCUGGCCGGCGACGAGCGGCAGCUGACACCAACGGUUAUGAGGCACGGUGAGAGUCGCCAGGGCCGGAUCGUCAACGUGUACUCGCACCAAAGCAAGGCCUCGGUGCUCGAGAAGCUCCGCCGCUCCGGCUGGCAGCGCUUCAUUCUGACGACGCAGUACCGCAUCGUCAGGGGCUCGUUCGAUCUCGCGCAGUCCAUUAUUUACCCGGACAUCAAGAAUCUCUUCGAGUACGGCGAGACCACAGCCCUCGAGCAUCAUCCCAUAACCACAAAGAUCGAGACAUGGGUGACGACGGAGUACAAGGUCAGCGCCUCGCCCGCCGGUACGAUUUUGCCCCUGUUCUUCCACUACCACGACUCGCACUGUGAGGUGGACAAGGACAUGGGAUCACGGUACAACAAGCCCCAGAACGCGCUCGUUGUUAAACUCGUUCGGGAUCUUGUUAAUCUCGGUGUGACGACGAGCGAUAUCGUCGUCAUUACGCCGUAUCGGGCCAACCUGGACCGGCUCGAGAAGACCCUGAAGGCCGCUGGCUGCGACGUGGCGGUCAGCACCAUUGACUCGCGCCAGGGUCGGGAGGGGCUGGUCGUCGUUCUCGCCCUGGUCGUGGACCGCACCACGAAUCCGCUCUUCGUGGUGGACCCGCACCGCAUCUGCGUCGCCACCACCAGGCACGUCGGCGCCCUCUUUGUCGUUGGCGACAUCAACAGUGCCGGGGACGCCAGGGACAGGGCCGAGGGGCGAUUGUUCCAGCAUCGUCUGGUGCUUCUGUUCUCAAGCUACCUUGUAACUGACAUUGCUGGUUGGCAGGCCGAGUCGUCGAGUAUUUCGCCCCCGGGGGCUAUGCUGGGGCUAGCGGCGCAAGCCGCUAGUAGGCGCAGUGGGUGA